GGGCGCUCCCGCCAUGGCGGCACGGCCUACAGGCCGGGGAGGCGGUGAGCGGCGCCCGCGGGGCGUGAAUAAAGCGCGGCGGGCGGGGCCGCGGCGCUCUGGGAAGCGCGGGGCCGGCGGCGGCGGAGGCGGCGGUCGGAGCGGCGGAUCGCAGCUGACGCGGACCGGGAUCCUGCGGAUGGCGCUGGGCGGUGCCGCCGACCCGCUGCUGCCGGCGGAGGACGGCGGGGGCCGGCGGGCGCCUUUCGUGCUGCGAGCCCUGCGCAUCGCCCUGGUGGUCAGCCUCUACUGGUUCGUCUCCAUCACCAUGGUGUUCCUCAACAAGUACCUGCUGGACAGCCCCUCGCUGCGCCUCGACGCCCCGCUCUUCGUCACCUUCUUCCAGUGCGCCGUGACGGCCGCCCUGUGUCUCGGCCUCAGCCUGGGGGCCGCCUGCGGGCCCUGCGCCGCGCUGCCCUCCCUGCGCCUCGACCCCAAGGUGUCCCGCAGCGUCCUGCCCCUCUCUGUCGUCUUCAUCGGCAUGGUCACCUCCAACAACCUCUGCCUCAAGCACGUCGGCGUGGCCUUCUACAACGUGGGGCGCUCGCUCACCACCGUCUUCAACGUGCUGCUCUCCUAUCUGCUCCUCAAGCAGACCACCUCCCUCUAUGCCCUCCUGGCCUGUGGCAUCAUCAUCGGUGGCUUCUGGCUGGGUGUUGACCAGGAAGGAGCAGAGGGCACUCUAUCAUGGACAGGUAUAAUCUUUGGGAUCUUAGCAAGCCUGUGUGUCUCACUUAAUGCCAUCUACACCAAGAAAGUGCUGCCUGUAGUGGAUGGUAGCAUCUGGCACCUGACCUUCUACAACAACAUGAAUGCUUGUGUCCUGUUCCUCCCGCUUUUGAUGAUCACAGGCGAGUUCCACACCCUCUACCACUUCGACAAGCUGGGGAGCCUCAGCUUUUGGGGUAUGAUGACCCUGGGGGGAGUGUUUGGCUUUGCCAUUGGGUAUGUGACUGGACUGCAGAUCAAGUUUACCAGCCCACUCACCCACAACGUCUCUGGGACAGCCAAGGCCUGCGCCCAAACAGUUCUGGCCGUUGUCUACUUUGAAGAGACCAAGAGCUUAUUGUGGUGGACCAGUAACUUGAUGGUUCUGGGGGGUUCCUUUGCCUACACGUGGGUAAAAGGGCUGGAGAUGAGAAAAGCACAAGAGGAUCCUAAUCUCAAAAGCAGUGAAAAAAAUGAGACCGGUGUGUAGGAAGGUCCAGCCUGCACCUCUGUUUCUGCACCUAGGGAGUUAACUUUCAGUACUCCUUCCUGGGGAGAAGAGCAAGGAACAGGAAGAAAAUUCACCUGCAGUGAAUGGGGAGCUGUGUCAGGAAUGAGAGCCAAAGACCUAACUGAAUUAUGUUUUAUCCACAGGAUUUCCCCAUCUCAGAGGCAGGAUGAGAGCAUGUGUUCUUGAGAAUUAUCAGGUUGGGGUUUUUUGUGGUCAUUUUGUAAAAUGGAUAUUGCUAUUGACCUAGUCUGAGUAAUUUCUGUCUCUGGGGGGAUUUGGGGGCAUGGGCAUAUAGUGGACAAAGAAUGGGGAGGGAGCUUUGUGUAGCUAGGAGUCUAGAAUGAAUUAAGGGACUGAAGUUACAAAAUCCUGAAGCUCCAUGUGUAGGAAGACCAGGUAGCCAAGCUGUUGGGGAUAGUCUCCUGUGAACUCUUCUGCUGCACGUGCGCACAAACACACACACAAAGCAAAUGGCAGUAGCAGUUCGUGUUGCCUAGUUCAAUGCCAAGGACUGGAAAUUCCCUCCCUUCUGGUUCUCUACAAGCUGAAGGACACAGCAGUGCCUCUCAAUCCCCUUUCCCAAAGUCAGUAUCUCAUCCCGCAGAGGUCUGUCCUGCCUGUUUCUUAUAAAUGGUUUCUUACUUGGGGAAUUAUGUUCAGAAGCAGGGAUGAAACUUCUCAUUCCCUCCAUGUCUUUUCCUGAGAGGGAAAGCAUUGUUCUCUGAAGUGACCGGCCUUAUAUCAGUCCUCUGAGACAGAAUGAUAGCACGGUGAGUUAUCUUUGCUACUCUUGUAGAGGAGCAAGGGUGGCAUCUGCCUUUCUCAGUGAUGAGAUGGAGAGUUGUCCACUGUGCUUCCUUCAGAAGGAUGUGCACCGCGCCAUCUUUGGUGUUAGCGUUUCGGUUAUCCCCUUAUUCCCUCCGGCGAACCCUUCGCUAAAAAUAACUUUGGAAUGUCGCAUUUUGUAAUCCCUAAAUCCAGCCCAAUAAAAUCCGGGUCGCUCUC